AUGAGGGAGUGGAACAGUGACUGGGGUCUGGGGAGUGAGAAGGGUUGCCAGCCAUCUGCGGUCAGCAGGAGCUUCCAGGCCCAAUCCACAACCGCAUCCAGACCACACCCCAUCCAGUCCACACCCCAUCCAGUCCACACUGCAUCCACUCCCUGCCCCAUCCAGACCACACUCCAUCCAGUCCACACCGCAUCCAGUCCACACCCCAUCCAGACCACACCCCAUCUAGUCCAUGCCCCAUCCAGACCACACCCCAUCCAGACCACACCCCAUCCAGACCACUAUUCCAUCCAGUCCGAACUGCAUCCAGACCUCACUCCAUCUAGUCCACACCUCACCCAGACCACUCUCCAUCCAGUCCACACUCCAUCCUGUCUACACCCCAUCCAGUCCACACCCUGUCCAGUCCACACCCCAUCCAGACCACACCCCAUCCGGUCCAUACCCCAUCUAGUCCACACUCCAUCCAGACCACACCCCAUUCAGUCCACAUUGCAUCCAGUCCACACCCCAUCCAGACCACACCUCACCCAGUCCACACCCCAUCCAGUCCACACCCCAUCUAGACCACACCUCACCCAGACCACACCCCAUCCAGACCACACCCCAUCCAGUCCACACCCCAUCCAGACCACACCUCACCCAGACCACACCCCAUCCAGUCCACACCCCAUCCAGACCACACCUCACCCAGACCACACCCCAUCCAGUCCACACCCCAUCCAGACCAUACCCCAUCCAGACCACACUUCACCCAGACCACACCCCAUCCAGUCCACACCCCAUCCCGUCCACACCCCAUCCAGUCCACACCCCAUCCAGUCCACGCCCCAUCCAGACCACACUGCAUCCAGUCCACACCCCAUCCAGACCACACCUCACCCAGACCACACCCCAUUCAGUCCACACCCCAUCCAGUCCACGCCCCAUCCAGACCACAGCCCAUCCAGUCACACUGCAUCCAGUCCACACCCCAUCCAGUCCACACCCCAUCCAGUCCACACCCCAUCCAGACCACUACUCCAUCCAGACCACACCCCAAGUAGUUCACACUCCCCUGAGUCAACACCCCAUCCAGUCCAUGUUCCAUCCAGUUCAUGCCCCACACAGACCACGCUCCAUCCAAUCCACGUCCCACCUCGACCACUACUCCAUCCAGUCCACACUCCAUGCAGUCCACUCUCCACCCCGACCAUGUUCAUGUGACCCAUGCUCCGUCCAGUCCAUGCUCCAUCUGGUCCUCUGCUUUUACCCUACAGUGUCCACUCUUGUCCUCUCUCUUCUUGGCUUAGUCCCCUCAUCCUUUAUCUUCUAAUCUAAACUUCUGAGAAGUUUUCCCUGAUUGGCGAGAGCCUCUUGUUAAAUGCUCUCUGCUCCUUCACAACACUUUGGCCUCCUCACAUUUUGAAACCAAUUCUCUGCAAUAACUACUUUAAUGUUGGCUUUCCCCACAAUGCUGGCAGCUGCAGGAAGGCAGAGACUGUGUCUUAUGUACUGGUCUAGCUCCAGCACCUCACAGAUGUUCAGUAAACACAAGUUUAUUUCUAUGAGUGACCACAUGGAAAAUGUGAGUGGGCUGGAGGAGAGGUGCAGGCAGGGUGCUGUGGAGGGUCAGGGAUGCAAAGGCCUGAGUUGGCUGAGGUGGGGUCGGGGCUCAUGGAGGAACUGCCAUUUGGUUGGGCUUGAGAGAGAUGUAAGCAGACAUGGACUCUGCGUGGAGGAGCAGUGCCAGCAAAGGCAUAUGGACAAUGCCCGGGCUGUGGAGGGUAAUCUGUUAGACUGGACCAGCUCACGCUUGGAGGGAGCAGGGGAGGCUGGUGCCUUGAAUGACUUCCUAAGGAGUUAGGACUUCAACAGCUGGGUUGAAGGGCCCGUCUAUACUGGGGUUCAGGACUUUAGAGGACAACCAAGCCCCCCUGCAGGGCUGCUGAGGGUUCUACCCUUGUCCUUUCCCUGGAGGCUAACAAAUCAUUGCUUUGCGUCCCAUUCACAUGGGAUAGUUGUGCCGUGACAGGGGAUGGAGAAAAUCGAGGAAGACCUCCUGAAGGAGGUGGAGAGGUUGAUCAGGAGCUGGGGGAACACACUGCCCACUCAGCUCUGUGGUUUGAGUCUCCAAAGGUGGUCUAGAGCAUGGUGAGGAUCAUCAGAACUUGGGUGAGCUUGGGAAGUUUUUACCUAGAGGUUGAGGGGCCCCCUUUUAUAUGAUGAACUGUGCCUUUGGUGUGUCCCGUUUGCCAUGCAGAGCAAAGCACUGCCUUUUAUCUUGAUGAACAGAUAGUUGACCACAUAAUCCCAAAGCACGGUCAAUAUUGUACACUUUGCCUUGUCGCGAUCUUUCCAAGUUGACAUGGCCUUCCUGGAGGAAUUACCACUUAGGGUAGAGGCACCCCUUCCCCCAUCAAUGCCACUGCCCCCCAUCGGAGGAGGGGUUGUUUAUGUUCACCAUGUGCCUGCUUCCAAUGCCAAAUCAAGCCUCAGAAAGCUUUCUGGAAGCGACGCCAACUUCAGGGGCAAGGCCCUGGUUCUGGGGUCAGCACCGUUCCAUGGUUCCUGAAGAGAUGGUAGACUAUGGAACGUAGGCGUUAUGUUUUUUGACCUAUGUAACAUGGUCCACUAACUCUCAGUAUCCAAUCCAUCCUCGGAGGGCUUCCUGGAGGUGUUGCCAACUUCAGGGAAGAGAACACUGGGUUUAGCUUCAGCACUGCUCCACGGCAAUUUCUGUGGCUCAUGGUUGAUGUCUGACUUGUGCAACAAGGCCUGGCUCUUUCGGGCACUAAAUACACUCUCUGGGGAGUUUUCUGGAAGUGACGCAACUUGGGCUCAAGACACCGGUUCCAGCCUCAGCCGUGGUUCUGGAAGAGAUGAUUUGCCAUGUGGCCUAUGCAAAAGGAGGGAUUUGUGUGAGAUGGGCUGCCACUUCCCAGUAGCCUGCCAGCUUUGGAGGGCUUCGUGGAGCCAAUACUACCUUCAGGGGGACCCACCAGUCCAUCCUUCAUUCCGCCGUGUGGCAUUGAAGAGUUGCUUUCCUGUGUUGAAAUUUUCUGUUUAUACCAAUGUCCACCUCUGAUCAAUCUUACAUUCAGUCUCAGAGGGUUUUCCGGAGGCAGUGCCAAGUCUGGGAAUGAGACAGUGGUUCUGUCCUUAGGGAGGUGGUUGACCAAAACAACUCCUGCUUUGUUCAUGAAGAUGGCGUGGUGGUUACUGCUCAGAAUCUAAUCCAACCUAAGAGGACCUCCUGGAAAUGCCCUUGGUAUUGAGGCAGAUAUGGCCUUAGGGCACUUUUUUUUUUUAAUGCCCAAGACUAGAGCUCACUAAUAGGUAAGAUCUGGGCCUCAGGUGCCCAGUACUGUUUCCUUGGCCUGGUCAGUGUGACUAGAUGGAUGUUCUUUGGUUGCACAUGGGCCAUUUUGUAUUUCUGAUUUUCUCCCCACUCCCCCAACCAGCUCUGUUAGCCAUGUGCCAUGCCCUCCCUCCCAUCUACCCACUCCUUCAGACCCAGCACAGUGCGCCUGGCACACAGCAGGCACUUAAUCAGUAUUUAUGGAGUGAUGAAAUCCAUAUCAUCGUCCACUUCUUCUCAGUGGGACUUUCGGCCUUGGAGGGCUUCCUGGAGGAGUUGCCAGUUCUGGGGAUGAGCCACUGCUUCGAGCAUUCAUGUCAACCCCUGACCAUGAAGACGAGACUUCUGGCCUGUGUGUGCUUGUCGCAUGAUGCAUGUGCUGUGCUCAACCUCCCUUCUGG